UAAAUAGGGGAGAAGCAGGCACAUGAGCAGAGCUCUGCGAGGAGGACACCCCCAGGUACACCCGCUGCCCGCUGCUGCAGAGAUGGUGCACGCAACCCCCUUCCUCCUGGUGCUCAGCCUGGCCAUGGUGGCCCCAGUCCUCUCCACAAGAAAGUGCACGUUGACCGGGCGCUGGAUCAAUGACCUGGGCUCCAACAUGACCAUCAUGGCCGUGAAUGAGAAAGGUGAAUUCCUCGGCUCCUACCACACGGCUGUGACAGCCACUGGCAACGAGAUCAAAGUGUCACCGCUGCAGGGGUCCCAGCACCGCACGAACAAGAACAGCAAGGCCACCUUUGGCUUCACUGUCAACUGGAGCUUUUCAGACUCCAUCACUGUGUUCACGGGCCAGUGCUUUGUGGAUGAGGAAGGAAAGGAGGUCUUGAAGACGAUGUGGCUCCUGCGGUCAAAUGUGGACAGCAUCAAGGACGACUGGAAAGCCACCAUGGUCGGCACCUCCAUCUUCACCCGCAUCCAGUGAUGGGGAUGGAGAUUGGAGCUGCUUGGAUCCUGCUGUCCCACCUGCAUUCCUGAGGCUCUCCACUGUCCUGGUCCUGGGCUGGGCUCCUGCUUGCUCCCGGUAUCCUGGCUGGAAACACACCCUCACCCUGUGCUGCUUCCUCCCAGUGCUUCCCAGUGUCCCUUCCCAAAGCUUGCUGCCCCCAUACAUGGAGCUGAAUAAACCUUUCUGUGCCUGGCAAA